GCCCCGAGGAUCCCUCCCCCGAAGAUCCCUCCCCCGGCGCUGGCGCUGGAGCUCCGCCUCUCGCUGAGCCUCCCCCUCCGCGGGUGCAGGCAGAGCUCGCUCUGCUCUGCGGACGCCGCCGCCUUCGUUGCCUUUAUCUUCCCCUGCAGAUUUGCGAGGGCCGCGCCCCGCAGCGGCGCUGCCCUGGGCGGGCGGCUGGGCCCGCGCGGCUUUUGAGUGCUCGGAGCGGCUCAGCCAGGUCCCCCUCCCGCGGGGCGCCGUGACAGGUGCAGAGUCCGGUCUGAAGACCCACCUGCGGCGAUCGCCGCGAUGCCCACCAUGCGGAGGACUGUGUCGGAGAUCCGCUCCCGCGCAGAGGGUUAUGAGAAGACAGAUGAUGUGUCAGAGAAGACUUCCCUGGCUGACCAGGAAGAAGUGAGGACCAUAUUCAUCAACCAGCCGCAGCUGACAAAAUUCUGCAAUAACCAUGUCAGCACUGCAAAAUACAACAUAAUCACAUUCCUUCCAAGAUUUCUCUACUCUCAGUUCAGAAGAGCUGCUAAUUCGUUUUUUCUCUUUAUUGCACUGCUUCAGCAAAUACCUGACGUAUCACCAACAGGUCGAUACACAACACUGGUUCCUCUCUUAUUUAUUUUAGCUGUGGCAGCUAUCAAAGAGAUCAUAGAAGACAUCAAACGACAUAAAGCUGAUAAUGCCGUGAACAAGAAACAGACACAAGUUUUGAGAAAUGGUGCUUGGGAAAUUGUGCACUGGGAAAAGGUGGCAGUAGGGGAAAUAGUGAAAGUGACCAAUGGGGAACAUCUCCCAGCAGAUCUCAUCAGCCUGUCCUCAAGUGAGCCUCAGGCCAUGUGUUACAUUGAAACAUCCAACUUAGAUGGUGAAACAAACCUGAAAAUUAGACAGGGCUUACCAGCAACAUCAGAUAUAAAAGACAUUGACAGUUUGAUGAGACUUUCUGGCAAAAUUGAGUGUGAAAGUCCAAACAGACCUUAUGAUUUCGUUGGAAACAUAAGGCUGGAUGGACACAGCACUGUCCCCCUGGGAGCAGAUCAGAUUCUUCUUCGAGGCGCUCAAUUGAGAAACACACAGUGGGUUCACGGAAUAGUUGUCUACACUGGACACGACACCAAGCUGAUGCAGAAUUCAACAAGUCCACCCCUUAAACUCUCAAAUGUAGAACGGAUUACAAAUGUACAAAUUUUGAUUUUGUUUUGUAUCUUGAUUGCCAUGUCUCUUGUCUGUUCGGUGGGCGCAGCCAUUUGGAAUCGAAGACAUUCUGGAAAGGACUGGUAUCUCAAUCUAAACUAUGGUGGUGCCAAUAAUUUUGGACUGAAUUUCUUGACCUUCAUUAUCCUUUUCAAUAAUCUCAUUCCCAUCAGCUUGUUGGUUACAUUAGAAGUGGUGAAAUUUACCCAGGCAUACUUCAUAAAUUGGGAUCUUGACAUGCACUAUGAACCCACAGAUACUGCUGCUAUGGCUCGAACAUCUAAUCUGAAUGAGGAACUUGGCCAGGUAAAAUACAUAUUUUCUGACAAAACUGGUACUUUGACAUGCAAUGUAAUGCAGUUUAAGAAGUGCACCAUAGCUGGAGUUGCUUAUGGCCAUGUCCCUGAACCUGAGGAUUAUGGCUGCUCUCCUGAUGAAUGGCAGAGCUCACAGUUAGGAGAUGAAAAAACAUUCAGCGAUUCAUCACUUCUGGAAAACCUCCAAAAUAAUCAUCCAACUGCACCUAUAAUAUGUGAAUUUCUUACGAUGAUGGCAGUUUGUCACACAGCAGUACCAGAGCGGGAAGGCGAUAAGAUUAUUUACCAAGCAGCAUCUCCAGAUGAGGGAGCCCUGGUCAGAGCAGCCAAGCAACUGAAUUUUGUUUUCACUGGAAGAACACCUGACUCAGUGAUCAUAGAUUCACUGGGGCAGGAAGAAAGAUAUGAAUUGCUCAAUGUCUUGGAGUUCACCAGCGCAAGAAAAAGAAUGUCCGUGAUUGUUCGCACUCCAUCCGGGAAGUUACGGCUUUACUGCAAAGGAGCCGACACUGUAAUUUAUGACCGGCUGGCAGAGACUUCAAAAUACAAAGAAAUUACCCUAAAGCAUUUAGAGCAGUUUGCUACAGAAGGGUUAAGAACUUUAUGUUUUGCUGUGGCUGAGAUUUCUGAGAGUGACUUCCAGGAGUGGCGAGCCGUCUAUCAGCGCGCAUCCACGUCUGUGCAGAACAGGCUGCUCAAACUGGAAGAGAGCUACGAGUUAAUUGAAAAGAAUCUUCAGCUACUGGGAGCUACAGCCAUUGAGGACAAAUUACAAGAUCAAGUGCCUGAAACCAUAGAAACUCUAAUGAAAGCAGACAUAAAAAUCUGGAUCCUUACAGGAGACAAGCAAGAAACUGCCAUUAACAUAGGACACUCCUGCAAACUUCUGAGGAAGAAUAUGGGAAUGAUUGUUAUCAAUGAAGGCUCGCUUGAUGGAACAAGGGAAACUCUCAGUCGUCACUGCACUACCCUUGGUGAUGCCCUUCGGAAGGAGAAUGACUUUGCUCUUAUCAUUGAUGGGAAAACCCUCAAGUACGCCUUAACUUUUGGAGUACGACAGUAUUUCCUGGACUUAGCUUUGUCGUGCAAAGCUGUAAUUUGCUGCAGGGUUUCUCCACUUCAAAAAUCUGAAGUCGUUGAGAUGGUGAAGAAGCAAGUUAAAGUCGUAACACUUGCGAUUGGUGAUGGAGCCAAUGAUGUCAGCAUGAUACAGACGGCACACGUCGGUGUUGGGAUAAGUGGCAACGAGGGCCUUCAGGCAGCUAAUUCUUCUGACUACUCCAUAGCCCAGUUCAAGUAUUUGAAGAAUUUAUUGAUGGUUCAUGGUGCCUGGAACUAUAACAGAGUCUCCAAAUGCAUUUUAUACUGCUUCUACAAGAAUAUAGUCCUCUAUAUCAUCGAGAUCUGGUUUGCCUUCGUUAAUGGCUUUUCCGGACAAAUCCUUUUUGAGAGAUGGUGCAUAGGUCUUUAUAACGUGAUGUUUACAGCAAUGCCACCCUUAACCCUGGGAAUAUUUGAGAGAUCAUGCAGAAAAGAGAAUAUGUUGAAGUAUCCUGAAUUAUACAAAACAUCUCAGAAUGCCCUGGACUUCAACACCAAGGUUUUCUGGGUUCAUUGUUUAAAUGGCCUCUUCCACUCAGUUAUUCUGUUUUGGUUUCCACUAAAAGCCCUUCAGUAUGGUACUGUAUUUGGAAACGGGAAAACCUCCGAUUACUUGCUGUUGGGCAACUUUGUUUACACUUUUGUGGUGAUAACUGUGUGUUUGAAAGCUGGAUUGGAGACAUCGUAUUGGACCUGGUUCAGCCACAUAGCAAUCUGGGGCAGCAUCGCACUCUGGGUGGUGUUUUUUGGAAUCUACUCGUGUCUGUGGCCUGCUGUUCCGAUGGCCCCUGAUAUGUCUGGAGAGGCAGCCAUGCUGUUCAGUUCCGGGGUCUUUUGGAUGGGCCUGCUAUUUAUCCCGGUGGCAUCUUUGCUUCUUGAUGUGGUGUACAAGGUUGUCAAGAGGACUGCUUUUAAAACAUUAGUAGAUGAAGCAGAGCUGGAGGCAAAAUCUCAAGACCCAGGAGCAGUUGUGCUUGGAAAAAGCCUCACAGAGAGGGCGCAACUGCUCAAGAACGUCUUUAAGAAGAACCACUUGAACUUGUACCACUCAGAAUCACUGCAGCAAAACCUGCUCCACGGGUAUGCUUUCUCUCAAGAUGAAAACGGAAUCGUCUCACAGUCUGAAGUGAUCAGAGCGUAUGAUACCACCAAGCAGAGACCGGAGGAGUGGUGACGGGGAGGAGCUGCCAGGCCGGCUCUGCUGCAUCUCUAAGGGGAGCUCCCAGGUCUUCAGGGGACUCUGCUGACCAAUUCCAGUCUGGUCCAAGGAAGCGAAAUGGAUCUGAACUCAUUUCAUUGAUUGACAUUCAGAUUCAUGUAUAUUAUCGACAUAAGCACUGUGCAGCUCUACUGUAACACCAUCUCGUUCAGAUUUUCUGAAGUAUCUGUUAAGUCUUUGUAAACAGAAACUGAAAAUGACCCUGUGUCUUGCCAGAGUGUUUUCUGAAACUAAGAAUAGGUCAGUAUUACGCUGGGACUCUGGGACUCUAACUACCUACCAGUGUAUUGGCUCUACCACAAGGCAACCAACCUAUUCAGAAGCUCUAAAAUGGUAGUAAGUCAAACAGAUUCUUGACAUCCAGAUUUAGAUUUCAGAAUAUGCUGGGGGGAAAAAAAAAACAGCAUGUUUAAGGAACUGACUUACUGAGCAAAAUUUCUAAACAAGACAUCAAUAAGUGUUUGUGUCAAAAAUUGUCUUGAUAAAUGUUUGCCAAAGAAGUCCAAUUAAUGUAUUUCUCAUUCAGUAGUCAUUUGCCCAGAAAAAUUGCAAGAGAAAGUUUACCUCCAGUUCUGCUGUAAGAUCUGCAUGCUUGACUUUUCAAAUCUCAGAGUGAUUUGCAAAAAAACGAAUAUUUCAAGGCAUUUGCUACUAAAAUCUGUGAUGUUGCACCUUUGGCCUUACAAAUGCUUCUUCCUCGUUUGUCUCGUCCAUUUGUUCAAGUUGAAGUACACGUGUGGUAUGUGACUCUGUCCUUAGGACACUGAUUUUUUAAAACUGUGUUUAUGUCUCAGUCCUUUCUGAUGAGGUUUUGUCAUCAUUGAGAUUUUUCUAAUAACCUGGCUUCUGCUGUAGGUUGAGUGAUGUCAUUUUUGUCUUCAGGGUUUCUCUUUUAAGAAAAAUAUGCUUAUGUAUUUAUGUGAGAUUUCCCACGCCUCUGUCGAGGUGUUUGGAUCACCGUGUCAGAUAAAUGCAUGGGCUUUUGUACAGUCCGUAGGCUCAGCUUUUGUCCCGCGUUCCGCUUUUCCGUGUUCGCGCCCACUCCCCGUGGCAUGGUGACCGCCCCGGUCUUAAGACCAAGAAGGACUUCACAAUUCACUUGUCAAGCAGCUCCCCAAAUUAGCCCCACACUGCUGACUGGCACAAAUAAGUAGUACCUGUCCCCCCAUUUUCAAAACAACCUAUUUUACUCAAGCCUGUCACUUUACAAAGUGUUCACCGUGAGUAGAUUUCCUUCAUGUGCGUUUAAAUGUAGGUUCAGUUUAAUUGUUUUCAGCAUUUCCAAGCUAUCUCCUGAAAAUGCCUAUUUUGCUACUUAACCAUGCAUGGUGAAGGGGCUGUGUAAAAACCACAACCAGUUUUCUACUCUGUUUUUAAAAUAAUGCUUUCAUACAGAAAGAAAUAAAAGGGAAAUCUAGCUUUCAGAUACACUUCAGAGAUCGAAGCAAACUUUCUGCCUUGUACUCCAAAGCCUGUUUGCCUUUAAGUGGACUUACCAGCAAAAUAGGUAGAACCUCCUCUUAAAAAAAAAAAAAAAAAAAAAAAAAAAAAAAAAAGUCACCUAGAGUUGAGAAGAGAGGUGAUUUUCAGGUCACCCCUUGAGUUUUGUCAUCUCACAUCUUUUUUGCCCUUUUUAUCAAUCCGGCUUUCAGAUUAGAUUAUACAUUAUUUCCUUGUCUGUAUUUUUGGCUAUUUAGUUCCAUGUAUGCCUCCCCCAUUUUCUACACGUACACGGUUGUAAUGUGCGUCAUUAGAACCUCACAGGGGCAAGGAGUUGACAUGCUUCACUCCCCAGACCCUUCCCCAUCUGGGGUUCAGAUUAAGAAAAUCACGAAUGCAAACAUCUAGCAAGACCACAGGUGUCAGAAUCUGAGAUCGCCUUCGGCAUUCAGAUGUCACCGUCUUUGUGUGGCUUUGUCCACAUGGCUCUUCAGAGCCGCUUCUCUGGGCGCCCACGGUGAGAGUCAAGGUCGAGCCAUGACCACUGAAAAGCAGAAAUGAGGAUCCCUCCGGAGAAACCCUCCAUGGCAGUGACAGAGAAGGGCUGCUUCCAUCUCCCCUCACGUCGGCGGUGACAUCCGCCUCCAGAGGGGUAACCUCCACAUGGGACACGUGUACUAGGACUCAGGUUUCUGACUGAAGAAAACAAAAAGCUUUAUUUUUAUCCUGACACACGGAUUGUUUCUGUGGCGCUCUUGGACCCGAGUGGAAGACUCAAGGUUGAUGCUGUGGGAGAUCGUGAUCUGGAACAUGACUCAUUUAUGCCUUUUCAGCCCAAGGACCUGUUUUUGAAUCGUCCACCUUAAGUCGACCUCUUAGCUUCUCGGGUGGGCGUCGGGGGUGGGCAGCGCAGAGUGGCCUCCGCUGUAAAACUUAAAAUACAGCAUUGCACUUGCAAUGACUUUGCAGUGUUCAUUAGGAAAAAAACCCUCUGAUUUUUUUAACCUGCCCGAGGAGGGGUGUGGGAGGGGGGGGUAACAGUGUUACCGGGAUUCAAAUAAACAGUUGAAGGGACUUUUAACACGUACUUUCUGAAAUGAGGGACGCUCUUCACUUACAAAGUCCCUCAUAGGGACUCUGGCAAAGGCUAACACCGUUGCUUUACAAAAUGUUUACAAUGCAGAAAAUACGACUUACAGCAGGAAAUCUUUGUUUCGCAUUGAAAAGCUGGAAGUUGCUUCUCUCAUGUUGGCUAAUGCACAGUGAUAUUGAGCAUGAACUUUCUAAAUGUUUUCUAUAGAACAGAUAAAAAUAUAUUGGUGUCUCACACCCAGAAAGAUGCUAUAUAUAUGGUAGAACUUAUUAGCAGGAAAAUGGUAUUUCUCAGGAAUGUAGUAAACUUUAUGUGAAAUAUGUGCUGCCCGCCUCCCCACGCCCCACUCUGUGUCUGAUGUGAGCCUGCUUCAGUGAUGCGGCAAAGUUCACGGAAAAUUUCUUUUCUGCUCAAGUCAGGUGAACGUGUCUUCUAGUCAAUAAUAUUAGCCAUUUACCUAAAUCGCGUGGUCAUUGACUGGAAUCAGUGAUUCCUCUUCAUUUCCAGGGGCGGGAGGUGGGGGAGAGUGAAUUCAAGAAAUCAAUAUUUAUUCUAGUCCUUUCAUUUUAUAUUUUAACUUUUGUAAUUCUACAUAAUCAGUAUGAAAGUCACAUGAUAAAUUGUUCAGCAUUGGGUGCACUGUAAACCACUUAUAAUCUGUCAUUGAGAACAUUCUUGCAGGAGAUGAAUGCGAAAGUACGAGGUUGCGUGCUCACAGUUUUUUUUAUUUCCAGCGUCAUCAUUAUGACAAAGCUAAAUAAUCAUCAUUGUUUAUUUUUGUGCCGCUUGCCCUUUGAUAGUUCCUGGUCCUAAAACUUAUCGAAUAAAUCUAUAAUCAUUUAUAAAGUUUAUCAGGAAAAUUCCCACCCCCUUCACAUCAUUUGGGCCAGGCCUAUGGAAUGCUAAUAAAUCUAUAAUCAUUUAUUAAGUUUAUCAAGAAAAUGCCGACCCAGUUCACAUCACAUGGACCAGGCCUGUGGAAUUCUUUUUGUAAAUUACUUACUAUGACCCCAUGCAGUUCGUGCCUAAUAAAUGCUUUUUAAUGAUGAACAUUUCUAUGAUGCCUCCUAAAGAGACCAUAGUCUGAUUUUUCUCACAUUAAAAUAACUGAAGUCACUUGUGAAACUGUUAUACUUUGCUGCAUUUUAAUUAACCUUUGACAACUAUUAAAAUGGAAUGUAAGUUAAAUUUUGAAGGAAAGGAAAUAAAUGUUUUCCAUUUUUCGCCUUGAUUUACUUUCUGUAUGAGAGCAGCUGUGUUUUUGAUAGGUUUAUGGUUUGCAUGAAUUAAUAUUUAAAGUGGUCUAGGCCAAUGCAUGGCUAUUGCUGUAAAUCUUGAUGUUUAUUUCUGCCUUAUAAAAUUCUAUCAUGGCCUACCUGGAAUUUAAUAUUCAGUGGACAAAUUUAUUAGUCCUCUGCACAACUUUUUUUUCAGUAAGUAAAUUAUUUUACAAACAAAUUUGAACUAAUUUAAUUGAAACUUUUGUUUAGCUUGCCUCAAAGAACUUUUCUUAUUAAAGCUCACAAAAAUUCUCAGCAAAUAAAUCUCCCUUAAGUAGGAAAAAAGCUAGAUUUCAUACUUGCCUACUUUGAAUUAACAGCAACUUUCCAUAGGUAAAUCUGCUCUUGCAAGGAUGUGAGCAGAAUAUUAAAAUAUAUAUUUUUUUAUGUUUCAUGGUUCUAGACUAGAAGCCAUAAAUGAAGUUAAUAAUGUUUGUUGUUUGUUUUACUACUUCAAGCUUCAUUUUUCACAUUUUCAAGUUUAUUAAGUUAAAAAAAAGCAGCCUUGGAAGGCAGCUACUAUGGAAAAUUGCAGUUUGCAUUAAAGAUAAAAUAGUAUUUUCAGCUCCAUGAAAAACCAUUCCUGCUGAAACUGCUGUAGAAAUUGUGAAGCUGCAUGAGUGGAGAGUGUUAAAUCUGUGAUUAUAGUAGUUCUCUCAGGUUUGUUAAUCUUGAUGUUCAAUGCACUGUGUUUUAUAAAUAGUUAUUAAAGUCGAGUAAUAUUCAAUUCUAUGCAGUGUUGUGUGUCAUUGGCCUUUUGUGAAUGUGCAUGUUUUAAACUGCAAAUUUUAAAUAUUUUGUCCUCCGAUUGUUAUUACAAAUGAAAUAAACUUUACCGUUAC